CUCACAUCUCGAAACCCGCGCGGUAAAGACACCCCCCUGCAAGCCAGCCAGUCCAGUCCGUGCUGUAGUUGUUCAGAUCAGAAUCGAAUCGCGCCGGGAUGCCCAUCCUGCGCCCACUUCCCUCCCUCCUCUCAAGAUCCGUGCAACAAGGCUUGCUUGCUUGCUUACGAGAACCGACUCCAACCAGCCUCUCUCUCUCUUCUCUAGCCCCACAUACCAACCUGUACCUCAACACCUCGAAAAUUGCAACGAACAGCGAUUUGUACGUACAACAAUCAAUCAGCUUGUCUUGCUUGUUGCUUGCUGCAGUUCAAUUCAUCCAUCCAGCUAGCCAGCCAGCCUUCCCGCUUGCGAUGAUGGGCCAGCAGCCAGCAGCCAGCCAGCCAGCCAGCCAACAUUUUCCCAUUCCCAAACAGCACAGCACCCCCAAUCUCGUUCCCUCCCUGACGACCAGAGAACCUUCCAUGCAUAUGCAGCCAGUGUAAGAGAGAGAGAGAGAGAGAGAGAGACCUGGAGAGAGAGUGAGGAAGGAAAAUUGGAAGCAAAAAAGCGUGACCGGGUCGACCGAUCGAUCGGCCGAACGUUUAGCCCGGCCUUACUGUACGUUGCUGGGGGGGGGGGGUAGAUGGAUGGAAAUACGCUUCGGCCACUCAGGGUGCUGGGUAGCCGCCAGACGGGGUGCCAAGAGGGGGUCGGGUGUGAUUGGUCAGCUCGUGAAGCACGGUUCAAAGCAUGG